CGUUGUGUGGUCGGCUGCAAUCGCGGGUCCUUCUAUUGGAGGUGGCAUUCGGUCAGCUAGCAGGAACAGGCGGCGAAUUAGCAUUGGCUAACGCUUUAACAUGGUAGGGGCAGUGCAGAAGCUAGUCGCUAAAGUACCUACACUGGUAGGCGCCGCUGUCACCUAUUCCAAACCUCAACUAGCAACCUUCUGGCACUAUGCCCGUGUUGAACUUGUCCCACCUACCCCUGCCGAGCUCCCCAAGGCCAUCGGGGAGGCCAAAAACGUCAUCAAGGCUUUCCAGACAGGACGACUUGGUCAAACCACUGUAAAGGAUGCUCUAAGGAAUGGCCUGGUGGCCACUGAAGUUUUGAUGUGGUUCUACAUCGGCGAAUGCAUUGGCAAAGGAGGCAUCAUUGGCUAUGGUGUCUGAAUUUUGGACUGUUAUGCUUGGUUUUCUUUAGUGGCAUAUGUUCACCUUUCUGCCAAAACCCUGGGAACCAAUAAACAGAUGUUUAUUAUUUAAGAAACGUAUAUUGUUGUAUUCUGAGUCCUUGCUUAUGUUAUGUAUUGGAUUGUUAUGCUUGCUUAUAUGUUGCCUGCAGGUUUAUUACAAAAUUUCUUUUUUAAUGGACAGAAAGUGGGCACAAAGUAAAGGGAUAUGAAUAAUUUCUGAAGCCGUUUUUGGUGUAAAUAAUGAAACGAAUGCAUCAGUUUCAGGGGCUUGGUACUGUACAUACAUGUCUAUUGUUAGUAACACUUGUUUUUACCAUUACAAGUUAAAAUGUCUUCUGUAAAAAGACCCAUAGCUUAAUGAUGCCAUUAGCAUUAGAAAAACUAAUGAAAAUUAGUCUGCUGAGAAAAGCAGGAGAUAUAUGAAGCAGCGAAGUGCUGCACUGUCAUUUCUCAUUUAACUUACUUCCCCAUCUCUUUGUAAUGGAUUUGCACUUGUCUUGAUCAUGUUUGUGGAGUGAAAAGCAAUCAAGAUGUUCACACCCGAAGACAAAUAAACAUAAUAAACUAGUUGUACCCAU